ACAUAUCAUAUCUUAUCUUUUGAUAGUGAUGAUGGUGACUGUUACUAUGUCUCUGAAAGGUGUGGUGUAGUAUCUUGUUACGUGAAACUGAAUGAAAACUGAGUCUUCCUUACAUAAAGAAAGGCAGAAAUGCUGACUACUGGUUACGAAAUGAUUAAAUGGUAUUUCUGGAUUAUCUUCAUUACUUUUGGCAUUUUUGCGCAAGAUAUUUCAUAUCAAGAUGUCGAGUUAGAACUUCAAGAAUGUUAUGACAAUAAAUAUCUUUACGAAAAGGAUAAUAGAUUACCGCAUACCUUGAAUACAUUGAUCGCACUUAUUCGUAAAAUUGAAAACGCAGAUUUGGACGUGGAUCUACAGACCUUAAUUAUUGGAAUUUUGCAUAGAUUUCGCCAAGAUGGGAUAAUAGAAAAUCCAAACGUCUCGAGACAACCUGGCGUGUCACCUUAUGCACCAUACAGGGAGCAAGCUGCAAAAUUUGCACGAACACUUCCCUUCAUAAAGAUUCCAGAACAAAGGAUUUCCCAAAUUCGUUACGAUAUACUUACCGACAUUGAAAAGUGUACACUUCAUUUUAUGUUGUCCGAUUCUAUCGACAUUUUUCAAAGGGAUGACGAAAGCUUAGUGUGUAAAUUUACGAACAACGCAUACAGAAGGACAAGAAGCGCAAGCAACAAUCUUCUUACUGAAAAAAAGUUUAAUAUCCACGAUGUAGAAACCUUAACACCUGAGCAAAUUGACAUUAUCAGAAAUAACAAGGACACAGUCACAGAGGAUACCAUUGAUCCGAAUGCGUUAUAUCCAGAGUUGCCACCGAAUCAUCCAAAAAUCGCUCGAGUUUCACUGCCGCCGUACAGCAAUUGUCCUGUGGAGAAUGGCGUUAUAAAAACAAAUUGGGGCCCUGUCUCUAUUGGAUCAGUAAUUGCUGGUAUAGCCGCUGGAUUACAACCUGAAACGAUACAACUGUCAACUUUGUUUCCGAAGAAGCCGCAUCUAUCAAACGUAACAGUAAAUAAUAAGUGGAUUGCAACUAUAUCUGGAGAUUUAGCUGAAGUCGCGUUAAUACAAGGUCCCAUAAAACAAAAUCUGGAACUUGGCGUAAGUGGGAACUGGAAUUCAUCGUCUGUUCCUCGUUGGUACUUCCUGAAGCGUAACGAUUCGUUAGAAUUUACAACAGCAGAGAUGAGAGGAGAUAUCGACGGAUUAAUUCUCGCUAAUGAGAUUGAAACUUUAUAUUCGAAAAUACCUAAAUUAAAACUAUCGCAGAUUUUGGAUAUGUAUUAUAGCGCUCGUGGAUUGUUUGAUCAUUCAAUCAGAGCAUGUAAUCGGAAAUCAAUGUUUGCGGCAAUUUCAUCUAACGCAUCUAAGACGAUGUCUGAUCAGGCAUAUAGUGCUUCCUUGAUCUUACAAGAAGAUUUACAAAUAGCUACGUUAACCGAAAAAGUGGUUCAAGAAUUUGCAAAGGCAGCAGCGGACAAGCUAUCUACAAAUGGCGUUUCUUCGAUGAAUAAUGAUCUAUCGUGUAGAGACACGGAAGAUAAAGAGGAUUUGAAAGAUACUGUUCAAAUCUCUGCUGAUCUGACAGUUAUUCUCGAUACAAUGUGGCCUUUCGAUUUAAUACACCCAAUCCUUACAAAUUUACUGGAAAAUAUGAAAAUAAAUCCGUACGACAGCCAAUUUACUAUCAUGAACGCCUAUGAUGGUAGUAUUAUGAUAAAUACUACCAAUACUAUCUUAGAUUUUGGUAAUUAUACGCAAUAUGAAAAUGUUACCAAUGGUUUUGACUUUGCUAAAUCGCUCGAUAAACUGGAAUCUAUCCAGACGAUAAAAUUAAAUAAUGAGCGUAACGGUUUUGGAAAUGGAAAAUCCGACAUAAUUUUAAUUAUUCCAUAUACAUCGUCCGUUCCUGAUGCCGACAAGGAGUAUUGUAUACAACGGAUAAAAAGGAUGCAAGAGCAAGUUCCAGAUGCUACAAUACUUAUAUUGACUUACGGCUCAAGAGACAGAUGGUUAGACUAUGUAGCUGACGCAACGAACGACUUGUUUUUUACCAACAUAGGCGAGAAGCAAGACGGAGCUUUACCGACAGUUCUUAGUUUAAUUUCAAGAGUAAGAAAAGUCCCUCAACGUUUGAUCAAUACGAAAUGUGGAGCCGAUUAUUCUUACGUCGGAUCUACCAAUUCAUUUAACGAUUAUAUUGAGCCAAACACGGUCAUUUCUUACAAAAUGCACCCCAAUUAUUUCUACUCCAGCGAUUCGUCACAUUCUUCGAUGAUAAAAAUUGAGCCAUCUGUUUGGGGUAUACUAAAAGUAUGCACAUCACGACAACCUAUAAACGCUGAUUCCCCGGAAGGUGACAAUGUAGAUUGUAAACCAAUAUUUGACAAGAUAUAUACCGUUUUUUUUUCCUGUAAUGAAGCUGAAUAUAUUCACUCUUGCCAACCGUUUUACUUAUCGAUAUUUGCCAAUUCUUCAGUUGAUACUUAUCCUUGCACAGAUCUUCAGUUUUGCCGAUUUCCUCAUAUGAUAAAGUACUCCAUUUCCUAUGAGAACUUGCUAUGCACGAGCAGUGCAAAUAUAAAUUUGCUGAAUAUCAUCCUUCUAAUUAUAAGUAUAAUUUAUGUGUUUUCAUAAUAUAUAAUACGAGAAUAUUAUGUAAAUUAUCUUGACAACCGUACGUGAAGUCAUCGACAUAUUACAACAUAAAUAUGUUAAAUAUGUUAAAUUCGUAGCCAGUUGUACAUAUCGUAUGUUUAAUGCUACGUUUUUACACUAGAAAUAACAUAGUAUCAUAUUUUGUAGACAUUUAAUUACUUUUAUAUACAAUGUUAGAACUAUUAAAAUAAGAAAGUAUUAUGUAAACUCGCUUACAUAAAUAAAUCAACAUUUAAUAUUAGUAUAUAA